CAUAAAUACCGCGACAAAUUGAAUGUCAAUGACUAACUUCACAUAUUUCAUUAAUGCUGAGACAAAAAAUUAUGAAUAUUUUUUGGAGGGACCAAAUCCAAUUCACCCUAAUUUUCCCGGGACUAAAAACAAUGUAUUGUUGGAGAUACAAAUACUCAUCCUUAGCGAGUCAGCGCCAUUCUACUGCUUUGCAUGGACAUCGUAAUGCCCAAGUUGUCAGAUUCAUGUCCCUCAAUGCAAGACAGGAUUUUUCAUAGCUACAAUCAAGAAACAAGUGAAAAUGAGAACAUGGGUAAAGCACAUAACAACAUGGGAUGUUCAAAAUUUAGUCCUUCUUCGAAAAAGAAGAUCACCUUCAUUCCGUUCAUUUUCUUCACAGAACUACUUAAAUGGAAGUUUCAGCAAUGUUCAGAGACACAUGGUUCAUAUUCUUCGAUAUGCUCCUGCCCUUUUGUCAUGUUGUUGUCAUCGUUUUUGCACUGGCAUUCAGCUGUUUGAUGAAAUGCCGCAAAGGGCUCUGCAUGUAAGAGAAAACCAUUUUGAGCUUGUUGUGGAUUGCAUUAAAUUGUGCCUGAAAAAACCCAACAUUUUGACUGUCACUGUUGCUCAUUGUGCAGCUGUAAAGAUAGGAGUUCUAACUCAUCUCCCCACUUCAACAUCUCUACUCACUGCUUAUUCUAAGGCUGGAGACUUCACCUCUUCCAGGGAUUUGUUUGAUGAGAUUACGAACAGGGAUGUGGUUGCUUGGAAUGCUAUUAUUGCAGCAUCUCUUGUAAAUAACUGCUAUAUGACUGCAAUGGAAUUUUUUGAAAAAAUGAUCAAGGCCCAAACUGGGUUUGAUUCCACCACUCUAUUGCUUAUGGUAUCAGCAUCGUUACAUGUGAAAAACUUCGAUCAAGGACGGGCAAUUCAUUGUGUGAGUAUAAAACAUGGGAUGCUUGUGGAUGUAAGUUUAGGUAAUGCUCUUAUUGACAUGUAUGCUAAGUGUAGUGACCUAAGCUCUUCUGAGCAUCUGUUUGAAGAGAUGGAGUAUACAGAUGUUGUUUCGUGGAAUUCAAUAAUGAGAGGAAGUCUUUACAAUGGUGAUCCUGAGAAAUUAUUGUACUACUUCAAAAGGAUGACUUUAUCUGAAGAAAUCGCUGACCAUAUCAGUCUAUCUUGUGCUAUUUCAGCUUGUUCAAGUUUGAGAGAGCUGGCUUUUGGCCAGACCAUUCACGGGCACGGAAUCAAGCUAGGUUACAAUGACAGCUCGCGUGUUUCAGUAGCGAACUCGCUCAUUUCCUUGUAUUCACAAUGUAAAGACAUUGAGUCUGCUGAGACUGUAUUCAGAGAAAUAGCAUACAAAGAUAUUGUUUCCUGGAAUGCAAUGCUAGAAGGAUUUGCUUCAAAUGAAAAGAUUAAUGAAGUAUUUGAUAUUCUGGUUGAAAUGCAAACAACAGGAUCUUUCCGACCUGAUAUAGUAACAUUGACUACCAUACUUCCAAUUUGUGCACAACUCAUGCUCUCCAGAGAAGGAAAAACUAUCCAUGGAUUUGCAAUUCGAAGACAGAUGGUAUAUGAUCAUCUUCCUUUGCUGAACUGCCUCAUAGACAUGUAUUCAAAGUGCAACCUUGUGGAGAAAGCAGAGCUCUUGUUCCAUUCUACUGCUAAGAGAGACUUGGUCUCAUGGAACACAAUGAUAUCUGGCUAUUCCCAGAACAAGUAUUCUGAAGAAGCUCAAUUUUUUUUCAGAGAGCUGCUACGGCGAGGUCCAAAUUGCAGUUCAUCAACUGUUUUUUCCAUUCUUUCUUCCUGCAACUCCCUUAACGGUCUCAACUUCGGAAAAUCAGUUCACUGCUGGCAGUUAAAAUCUGGUUUUCUGAACCACAUUCUUUUAAUAAAUUCUCUCAUGCACAUGUAUAUCAAUUGUGGAGACCUCACAGCCAGUUUCUCCAUUUUGCAUGAGAAUUCAGCUUUAGCAGAUAUUGCUUCUUGGAACACUGUAAUUGUGGGCUGUGGGCAAGGUAACCAUUAUCAAGAAUCUCUAGAGACUUUCAGGUUAUUUAGACAGGAACCUCCUUUCGCCUAUGACUCCAUAACCCUUGUAAGUGUCUUGUCAGCUUGUGCCAACCUGGAACUACUCAUCCAAGGAAAAUCUCUCCAUGGCCUUGCCCUUAAAUCUCCUUUGGGAUCAGAUACUCGAGUUCAGAACUCAUUAAUUACCAUGUAUGACAGAUGCAGGGACAUUAACAGUGCCAGAGCAGUGUUUAAAUUCUGCUCUACUUCCAACCUAUGCUCAUGGAAUUGCAUGAUCUCUGCUUUAUCUCAUAAUAGAGAAUGUAGAGAAGCAUUGGAACUAUUUCGUCAUCUUCAGUUUAAACCAAACGAGUUCACCAUGGUUAGUGUUCUUUCUGCUUGCACUCAGAUUGGUGUCCUAAGACAUGGAAAACAAGUUCAUGCCCGCGUGUUCCGGUCCGGGUUUCAAGACAAUUCUUUCAUAUCAUCAGCUCUUGUAGAUUUGUAUAGCAACUGUGGAAGAUUGGACACUGCUCUCCAGGUGUUCAGACAUUCAGUGGAGAAGUCCGAAUCGGCUUGGAAUUCAAUGAUUUCUGCAUAUGGCUAUCAUGGAAAUAGUGAGAAAGCUAUCAAACUCUUCCAUGAGAUGUGUGAUUCAGGAACAAGGGUGACCAAAAGCACUUUUGUUAGCCUUUUAUCUGCAUGCAGCCAUUCAGGACUUGUGAACCAAGGUCUUUUGUACUAUGACUCUAUGUUGGAGAAAUAUGGAGUUCAACCUGACACUGAGCAUCAUGUUUUCGUGGUUGACAUGCUAGGGAGAUCAGGUAGACUGGAUGAUGCUUACGAAUUCGCUAAGGGGUUACCAUCCCAUGCGAGCUCAGGUGUAUGGGGAACGCUUCUAAGUGCAUGCAACUAUCAUGGAGAACUCAAGUUAGGGAAACAAAUUGCUGAACUUCUCUUUGAAAUGGAACCUCAAAAUGUUGGAUAUUACAUAUCAUUGUCAAAUAUGUAUGUUGCUGCAGGAAGCUGGAAAGAUGCUACUGACUUGAGACAAUCUAUCCAGGACCAAGGAUUAAGGAAAGCAGCAGGUUAUAGUCUUAUUGACGUUGGUGUGGGAUAAGAGAAGGGAAGACUAUAGUUUUCAAGGCCAAGAAAUUUCACCAAGAAUUGAAAACGUUUGAGCCGCUGCAUCAGGCAAGGUAGCUGACCAGUUUGCAUUGCUCAAAUUCAAGGAAGCAAUAUCCAUUGACCCAUAUAAAAUCCUAGAUUCUUGGAAUAAUUCUACCCAUUUCUGCAAGUGGCAUGGAAUCACAUGCAAC